AACACCGUGAGUCAGCCCGUGAACAAAAGUUUCAGGACGAUAACACAAAUACCACUAAAGAUUAGGGACUUAAAAUAAUAAACUUAAAAGGUUGAACACAUCUUAUCUUGUGGAUCUGAGCGAUCUCCGAAGAUGCGACGGCGAGAAGAGAAGCGCCGGGAGUUUCACGAAGCUCUUCUUCAAACGCUUUAUCCUCCUUCAUCUCCACCUUCUCUUUCAUCUUCUCCGUCUCCGGUAGAGGUUGUUAAUGACGAACCAUUCGAUGUAACACUUAUAAAUCCAGAGGAUUACUUGAAAAUUAGUUCAACCAUUCAGGGAGAAGACAACGAAAAUGGAGACGAAUCGGGGAUUGCAGAGAAACCGAGUCGAGCGCAGAGAAAGAGGCUAAGGAAGAAGAUGCUCAAAGAAGAAGAAGCUCGACGGAAGAAAGUUAUGAUCGGACCUUUACUUCCGUCACAAAUGCUUCAGAACCCUGACGGAAGAAGAGUCGGAGAUGCAAGCGGGAGUAUUAUUGAAGAAGAUUCUGAUAGCCAAGAAGAAGAAGAUGAGGCUUGCCAAAGCAAAAUCUGCUCACAACCUGUUCGACUAAAUGCCACAGAGAAGAAAGAAGAAAAAUUCGGUGACAGUGAUAAGACGAGGAAAGUCAAGAAGAGGAGAGAGGCUAAGAAGCUGGCCAAAGAUAGUGUUCUAAACCAAAAUCAUAUCCCAGAUCCUCGUAAUUAGGGUUAAAUUUGUACCAUAUCUUUAUGUAAGAGUUGAUUAGUCUUUCUUUGAUAAUACAAGGGCAUAUUACUAAAUUUGUACUUCUUGGUUUGUAAGGUUCGUUAAAUUCCCUU